CGUCAUCGGUUGUGUUGCUGGCAGAUAUUCUAGUUUGUUCAGUCAACUCCGUAAGCAAUGGGUCACUAUUCAGAUUAUUGUUCUCAUGAGUUGGAUAAAUACUGGAAUGAAUUGGCUAAAACAUGUGUACCGUGUAAUCAAAUGUAUCCGAUCCGACCAGGACAAGAAUAUAGUCCAAACUGUGGCCUGCAUGAUGAUGGGGGAACAUCGGAAGGACCAUACAGACCGUGUCGCACCAAAACCUUCAACAAUGGAAGCUUUCUGAGAUGUCAUCCUUGUACUUCUUGUGCCCAAAAUGAGAAAAGGCUGUCAGAAUGCAACGCGACAACAGACACGCAAUGCUGUAGAGCAAGGGACCAGGCAGACUGUGUGAAAGUAGCCCUGACUACCAUGACCCCAACUACAGCAACAACAGUGACUCAGAUUCAGGAGGUCAAUCAGUCAACAACGUUAAGGGUCCAAGUAUCAACAUCAAUUCUCACCAGAACAGAAUACCUUGAUCCAGGAUUAAAUUACUACCAUCUGACUGCAGGGAUAGUGCUUACUGUUUUUGUAGUUCUCUCUGCAUAUCUCUUUUACAUCAUUAAAAAGAGGAGCAACAGAGGUGGGGAGUUCAGCCUAAAACAUUGCCUCCCAUCAAACAAUAUCCCUUAUACCAACACACAGUCACGGAGCAGUAAGACAGCAACAACCAUCAUUGAAGAGGUUGCUCUCUUACAGUCACACACCAGAAACCUAGAGGACUUUUUGGGUCCUGACCUCCAGUCAGCACCGUUGCAGAUGGUUCUGGACAACCUGGAUGUUCUGGAGGAACUGGUGAUCCUACUGGACCCAGAGAUUCCUGGGGUAAAGAAUACCAGCCACCUGGCGUCUCGCUGCUCAUUCCCUGCCACCUGGAUCACCUAUACCUACUCCCUGAGAGACAGCAAGAGCCCCCUGAGGGCUGUGCUGGAAGGGGUCACCACCAAGAACCCAGAGUGGACAGUAGGACACCUUGCCAGGCUGCUGAGAGAGAUGGACCGGAACGAUGCUGUAGCUGUGCUCAGCAAGCUCAACUUUCCUAAGGAGACAAUCUAGUAGCAUGCAGCUUUGCAUUCUAUUAUAUGUGCAAAUUCUUGACAUUGAGAAAGAACAGAUAUCUAUUGAUGUUUGUAUUUAAAGGCAGUCCUAUAGAAACUUACAAACUCUCUCACAUCAAAAUUAUAUUACAAAGAGCCACUAUCAAACGCUAUCACAAGACCAGCCGGUCCUAGACAUAACGCAGGCUUGUCAUUUAGUUUGGUUACUUUGACUCCCACUCAUGGAAUGUCUUGCAGUGUAAUCUUAAAUAUGUUCUGGUGCUUUUUACGUCAGUUGGAAGGUUUGAUAAAUGACCUUUUUACUAUUAAUAGUGAUUGCCUUUAUUAAUUUUUCAGAUGUGUGUUUGUGUUAUUACUGUAAUAUGGGCUUAUAUGCAGUGACCUAGAUCUCUGAUUCCUUGUAUACAGGUUAAAUAAAUGAAAAUGUACUUAUUUGCAUUAGGGCUCAAAUAAAUACACAACAUUGCACUUACAAAUAAAAGCAGCUAUAUUAAUAUAUAUAGCUUAAAAUACCUAGCCUGGCCCUCACAAUCAUGGCCACCCUCUUAUAAUUCUGUAUAAAAUGUAUUAUCACCAUGACUUCAUCUCCAAGCAAUAAUAUUUACAUGUUAUUAUUAUCCAGAAUUUAAUAAACAUAUGGUUUCAUUCA